AUGCUUGUAAACCCUGCUAGUGUCAUUCCUGAUAAUAAUUCCAUUGUCAACACCACUUCUAUCAAUACACCAAUAUCAUGUCCUGUUACUUUGUUACCAGAAGUAGAUCAUGGUUGUGAAAUCAAUGGUAAUACCAUAGAUUGUAUCCCUAAAGACUCAUCAUUUUAUAAACUAAUAACUGAUUUAAAACAAUUACUUUCUGGUAAAGGAUUGAGUAAUGAUGAUAUUGAUAUUGAAAAAGUGAAACAAUUAAUGAAUGAUUAUAAAUCAGAUGAAAUAGAUUGGAAACAUUUGGCAUUACAUGAUAAUUCAAGAAAUUAUUCACGUAAUGGAAUCAUUAAUCUUAAUGGUAAUGCAAAUUUAUUAAUUUUAGUAUGGUCACCUGGUAAAUCAAGUGCUAUUCAUGAUCAUGCUGAUGCUCAUUGUUGUAUGAAAAUACUUUCUGGUGAAUUGAUUGAACAUUUAUAUGAAGUACCGGAUCAUGAAGGUGAUCAAUUGAAAAUUAAAAAAGAAACCACCUUGAAAAGGGAUGUUGUUGGUUAUAUUAAUGAUUCUAUUGGGUUACAUAAAAUAUCUAAUCCUUUGGAAGAUCAAGUUAGUGUUUCACUACAUUUAUAUACUCCUCCAUAUGCUGCAUUAUAUGGAUGUUCAAUGUAUGAGUCAGGUACCGGAAAGAAACAUCAUGUGGAUAUGUCAAAGUAUUAUAGUUGGCAAGGUAAAUUGAUUAAUGAUAGAGAAUCACUGAGUUGCUAG